AUGGCGCAAGCAGGUCCGAUCACGGACGUCACCCAAAGGCUCUUUAUCGAGCUCAAGUCUAAGAACGAAGAUACACGAGUCCGAGCUGCUUACGAGCUUUAUGAAAACGUCCUUGCCAUCUCAAGAGACUGGGCGCCCGAGAAGUUUAUCGAGUUCUAUAACGCCGUUAGUCAACGCAUCGCCCAACUCGUCGUCACCGGGAACGAUGCGCACGAAAGAAUCGGAGGUCUCCUCGCCCUUGAUCGGUUAAUAGAUUUUGAAGGUGUGGAUAAUGCCCAGAAGACGACCAGAUUUGCCAGCUAUCUUCGAAGUGCGCUCCGCAGCAGCGAUAAUGCCGUCCUCGUCUACGCCGCGCGGGCACUUGGUCGGCUAGCAAAGCCCGGCGGUGCGCUCACUGCCGAACUCGUUGAAAGUGAAAUACAAUCGGCGCUGGAAUGGCUUCAGUCCGAACGACAAGAAGGCCGGCGAUUCGCUGCCGUGCUGGUUAUUCGAGAACUGGCGAAAGGUUCCCCCACACUCCUUUAUGGGUUCGUUCCUCAAAUUUUCGAACUCAUCUGGGUUGCUCUCAGGGACCCAAAAGUGCUCAUUCGAGAGACUGCCGCUGAAGCAGUGAGCGAAUGCUUUGAAAUUAUCGCUGCGCGAGAUAUGCAGGUUCGACAACUGUGGUUUGCGAGGAUAUACGAGGAAGCGCUUUUGGGCCUGAAGUCGAAUAAUGUGGAUUGGAUACAUGGGUCACUCUUGGUCCUCAAGGAACUUCUUCUCAAGGGUGCUAUGUUCAUGAACGAGCAUUAUCGAAAUGCAUGCGAAAUUGUCCUUCGUCUCAAGGACCACCGCGACCCCAAGAUUCGGACGCAGGUCGUUCUCACGAUUCCCAUUCUCGCCUCUUAUGCCCCCGUUGACUUCACCGAGACAUACCUUCAUAAAUUCAUGGUUUACCUACAGGCUCAGCUGAAGAAAGAAAAAGAGCGAAAUUCUGCUUUCAUAGCUAUUGGGAAGAUCGCGAAUGCCGUUGGUGUUGCCAUUGCACAAUAUCUGGAUGGUAUUAUUCUUUACAUUCGGGAAGGACUUUCCUUGAAAGCGCGGAAUCGGGCUACCAUCAACGAAGCGCCGAUGUUUGAAUGUAUCAGCAUGCUGUCUCUAGCUGUGGGGCAGGCACUCAGCAAAUACAUGGAAUCGCUCCUGGACCCCAUCUUUGCUUGUGGAUUGAGCGAAUCUCUGACACAAGCUCUUGUUGACAUGGCUCAUUACAUACCACCAAUCAAGCCCACGAUUCAAGUAAAGUUGCUUGAUAUGCUCAGUCUGAUACUCGAUGGCACCCCUUUUCGGCCUUUGGGAUGUCCCGAGAGCAGGCUUCCUCCAAUGCCUUCAUUCGCCAAGGAUUUCACUCCUCAGGAGCUACACUCUGAUGUCGAAAUCGCAUUAGCCCUCCAUACAUUGGGAAGUUUCGAUUUUUCUGGCCAUAUCCUCAAUGAGUUCGUGCGCGACGUAGCUAUCCAUUACGUCGAGAACGACAACUCCGAGAUUCGGAAGGCUGCCGCUCUUACCUGCUGUCAGCUAUUUGUGCACGAUCCAAUCAUUAAUCAAACCAGUAGCCAUUCCAUACAGGUUGUCAGCGAAGUCAUUGACAAACUACUGACCGUUGGCGUUGGGGACCCAGAUCCCGAAAUUCGACGUACCGUCUUAUUAUCACUUGAUCGCAAGUUUGACCGACAUCUCGCGCGGCCAGAAAACAUUCGAUGCCUCUUUUUAGCUGUGAAUGACGAGGUGUUCUCUGUUAGAGAGGCCUCAAUCUGCAUAAUUGGGCGCCUUUCCAGUGUCAACCCCGCCUAUGUAUUUCCACCAUUACGAAAGUUGCUGGUGAACUUGCUCACUGGGCUUGGGUUUGCAAACACUGCGCGCCAGAAGGAGGAAAGUGCCCAGCUUAUCAGCCUUUUCGUUUCAAACGCGACGAAACUCAUAAGGUCAUAUGUGGAUCCUAUGGUUACAACUCUGCUACCGAAGGCAACUGAUGUCAACCACGGUGUCGCCUCCACCACGCUCAAAGCUGUCGGGGAGCUUGCAAGUGUCGGGGGAAGUGAUAUGAGAGCGUAUUUACCCCAACUUAUGCCGAUAAUUCUUGAUGCAUUGCAAGAUCUUUCUUCCCAUGCCAAGAGAGAGGCGGCCCUACGAACGUUGGGCCAAAUAUCUAGCAACUCCGGCUACGUUAUCGAACCCUAUAUCGAUCACCCCCAUCUCUUGGCGGUACUCAUCGGAAUUAUCAAGACGGAGCAAGCAGGUUCGCUUCGCAAAGAGACGAUCAAGGUUCUGGGAACCCUUGGUGCUUUGGACCCAUACAAAUACCAGCAAAUAAGCGAAACAGCACCUGAUGUUCACCAUAUCAACGAAGUACAAACAGUAUCAGAUGUUAGUCUCAUCAUGCAAGGACUUGCGCCGUCUAAUGAAGAGUACUACCCAACUGUUGUGAUCCACACCCUCUUGCAAAACAUACUCCGUGAGAACUCCCUUCAACAAUACCAUUCCGCUGUCAUCGAUGCGAUUGUCACCAUUUUCAAGACCCUUGGCUUGAAAUGUGUACCGUUCCUUGGUCAAAUUAUUCCAGGUUUUAUCUCUGUCAUUCGAGGUUCGCCUGGAGGACGACUUGAAUCAUAUUUCAACCAAAUGGCAAUUCUUGUCAACAUCGUGAAACAGCACAUAAGAGCCUUCCUCCCUGAAAUCAUUGAGGUUGUUCGAGAGUUUUGGGAUGUGUCGUAUCAAGUCCAGGGGACCAUUCUAUCUCUCGUGGAUGCGGUGGCCAAGUCCCUGGAGGGUGAAUUCAAGAAAUAUCUUGCUAGUCUUGUUCCUCCAAUGCUGGAUACGCUUGAAAAGGAUAACACCCCGCGCCGACAACCUUCAGAGAGGAUCUUGCACAGCUUCCUAAUAUUUGGCCCCAGUGGCGAGGAGUAUAUGCAUUUGAUCGUCCCAUCCAUUGUGCGUCUAUUCGAUAGAGCUCAGAACCCACCGAGUAUUAGGAAGUCCGCCAUUGACAGUCUGACGAAACUCUCACGACAAGUGAAUGUUUCCGACUUUGCAUCCUUGAUCGUCCACUCUCUGUCCCGAGUCGUUGCCGGCAACGACCGCAUGCUGAGACAAUCCGCCAUGGACUGUAUCUGCUCUUUGAUAUUCCAGCUUGGCCAAGACUUCAACCAUUAUAUCCACUUGCUGAACAAGGUUUUGAAGCAUCACCAGGUCACUCAUGUCAAUUAUCAGAUUCUAGUGACAAAGCUCCAAAAGGGAGAUCCACUUCCCCAAGAUCUUAACCCCGAUGAGAGUUAUGCGAACUUGGCAGAUGACGCCAAUUACGCCGAGAUUGGCCAGAAGAAAAUGGUAGUCAACCAGCAACAUUUGAAGAACGCCUGGGAUGCAUCACAGAAGUCAACACGUGAGGACUGGCAGGAGUGGAUUCGAAGAUUCAGCGUGGAGCUCUUGAAGGAGUCACCUUCGCCAGCCCUACGUGCCUGCGCGAGCUUGGCGGGCAUAUACCAACCUCUCGCGAGAGACCUAUUCAACGCCGCCUUUGUUUCUUGUUGGACAGAAUUGUAUGAUCAAUACCAGGAAGAGCUGGUACGAUCAAUUGAAAAGGCACUUACAUCACCAAACAUCCCCCCAGAAAUUCUUCAAAUCCUUCUCAAUCUCGCUGAAUUUAUGGAGCAUGAUGACAAAGCGUUACCGAUUGACAUCCGCACACUUGGCAAGUAUGCGGCCAAAUGCCAUGCCUUUGCAAAGGCACUUCACUACAAGGAACUCGAGUUCGAGCAAGAUCAGAAUUCUGGAGCCGUGGAAGCCUUGAUCACCAUCAACAAUCAACUCCAACAGUCCGAUGCCGCCAUCGGUAUUCUUAGAAAAGCCCAAGCGUAUCGGGAUGUCGAACUCAAAGAAACAUGGUUCGAGAAACUUCAACGCUGGGAGGAGGCUCUUGCGGCUUAUAAACGACGUGAGAAGAUUGAUCCGGACUCUUUCGGCAUUACAAUGGGUAAAAUGCGUUGUCUACACGCCCUUGGAGAAUGGAAGGUGCUGUCUGAUUUGGCUCAGGAGAAAUGGAACCAGGCUUCUCUUGAGCAUCGGAAGUCCAUCGCUCCUCUAGCUGCUGCGGCCGCAUGGGGUCGAGGCCAGUGGGAAUUGAUGGACUCGUACCUGAGUGUCAUGAAGGAACAAUCUCCUGACCGUUCAUUCUUCGGUGCCAUCUUGGCGAUUCAUCGUAACCAGUUCGACGAAGCGGUUAUGUACAUCGAAAAGGCGCGAAAUGGUCUUGACACCGAGCUCUCCGCACUUCUUGGAGAAUCGUACAACCGCGCAUAUAACGUGGUCGUCCGCGUGCAAAUGCUUGCCGAGCUUGAGGAGAUCAUCACAUACAAACAAAAUGUAGGUGACCCGGAGAAGCAAGACGCCAUGCGCCAGACCUGGAACAGACGACUCCUUGGCUGUCAACAGAACGUGGAGGUCUGGCAACGCAUGCUCAAGGUCAGAGCACUCGUCACCACACCCCGAGAGAACCUGGACAUGUGGAUCAAGUUUGCAAACCUUUGCCGCAAAUCUAACCGCAUGGGCCUUGCCGAACGAUCUCUAGCGUCGUUGGAGAUGGUUCUCUCUGAUGGCAGCGGCGGCACACGCACUAUCUCUCCGCCAGAAGUUACAUAUGCUCGUUUGAAGUUUAGCUGGUCCAGUGGUCGUCAACGCGAGGCCCUUCAAAUGCUCAGAGAGUUCACUGGGAACCUUACCGAAGAUUUUACACGUUUCAAUGCACUUGUCGCCUCGCAAUCCGAACAUAAUGGUAUCAAUGGCGUCAACGGAGUCAACGGUAUUACCGAAGGAAAUCACACCGAUAUCAUGGGCCUCAGAGAUCGCGUUGGUGACGUUAACAAGUUCCGAAGGCUCCUCGCCAAAAGCUACCUUAGGCUUGGUGAGUGGCAGACCGCCUUGCAACGAGGAGACUGGCGACCAGAGCAUGUCCGUGAAGUGCUCAAUGCAUACUCGGCAGCUACUAGAUACAACCGCGAUUCUUACAAAGCCUGGCACUCAUGGGCCCUGGCGAAUUUCGAGGUCGUUACAACAAUUGCGAGCCAAGCGAACAAGGAUGGUGGAAGUUUGGCACUGGUUCCAGGUCAUAUUGUAACAGAACAUGUGAUUCCUGCUAUCCGUGGCUUCCUCAGAUCUAUUGGGCUAUCAUCAACAUCCUCUCUACAGGACACCUUACGGCUGCUUACCCUUUGGUUCAACCAUGGGGGUGACCAGGAAGUAAACUCUGUUGUUACAGAGGGAUUUACUGCUGUGAAUAUCGAUACAUGGCUUGCGGUCACGCCACAACUUAUCGCUCGUAUCAACCAGCCCAACUUUAGAGUUCGAAGCGCUGUUCAUCGCCUGCUAGCCGAAGUCGGCAAGACACACCCUCAGGCUCUCGUGUAUCCCCUGACGGUUGCAAUGAAAUCUAAUGUUACUCGACGAUCACAGUCCGCAAGCAAUAUCAUGGAUAGCAUGCGGCAACAUAGCGCUACCCUUGUUGAACAAGCGGACCUUGUAAGCCACGAACUUAUCAGAGUCGCUGUCUUAUGGCACGAGCUCUGGCACGAGGGACUGGAAGAAGCGUCACGACUUUAUUUCGGCGACCAUAAUGUGGAAGGGAUGUUUUCAACUCUUGCUCCGCUCCACGAAAUGCUUGACAAGGGUGCUGAGACCCUGCGUGAGGUAUCGUUUGCCCAGGCAUUCGGGCGCGACCUUGCGGAGGCGAAGCACUACUGCAUGCUCUACCGCGAGACCGAGGAAAUUGGUGAUUUGAACCAGGCGUGGGAUCUGUAUUACACCGUUUUCCGCAAGAUCAGUCGACAGCUACCGCAGCUAUCGACACUUGAUCUCAAAUACGUCUCGCCCAAGCUCAAGGAUUGCGUGGACCUUGAUCUCGCUGUCCCUGGUACCUACCAAAGCGGCAGACCUAUUAUUCGCAUUAUCAGUUUCGAUCCAAUCCUACAUGUUCUCCAAACGAAGAAGCGGCCACGACGGAUGACAUUAAAGGGCAGCGAUGGAAGCUCCUAUAUGUAUGCACUGAAAGGUCAUGAAGAUAUCAGACAGGAUGAGAGAGUUAUGCAAUUGUUUGGGCUAGUCAACACUCUCCUGGACAACGAUAGUGAGAGUUUCAAGCGACAUUUGACAGUACAGCGAUUCCCUGCCAUUCCACUCUCUCAGAACUCUGGUAUCAUCGGUUGGGUGACGAACAGCGACACCUUGCACGCCUUGAUCAAGGAGUACCGAGAAACACGACGCAUUCUCCUCAAUAUCGAGCAUAGGAUUAUGCUGCAGAUGGCUCCAGACUACGAUAACUUGACGCUUAUGCAGAAGGUUGAAGUCUUUGGAUAUGCCAUGGACAACACCACCGGGAAGGAUCUAUACCGUGUUCUGUGGUUGAAGAGUAAGAGUUCUGAGGCCUGGCUUGAGCGACGAACCAACUACACUCGGUCGCUCGGUGUCAUGUCCAUGGUCGGAUACAUCCUUGGCUUGGGCGACCGCCACCCGUCCAAUCUUCUUCUGGACCGGGUGACUGGAAAGGUGGUUCACAUCGAUUUUGGUGACUGCUUUGAGGUUGCGAUGCAUCGGGAGAAGUAUCCGGAGCGCGUGCCAUUCCGUCUCACCCGUAUGUUGACCUUUGCGAUGGAAGUUAGCAAUAUCGAAGGUAGCUAUAGGAUCACUUGCGAGGCUGUCAUGCGCGUGAUCCGCGAGAAUAAGGACUCACUGAUGGCUGUUCUGGAGGCUUUCAUCCACGACCCCCUAAUUAACUGGCGUCUCGGAAUCCGGGAGUCUCCUGAUCGAAUGCCAUUCAACACGGAGCGACGCCAAUCGGUCGUCUCUGGCGUCAAUAUUGAACAUGGCGUUCAGCCGAGCAACUUCUCCCGCCACCGUCGACCUUCGAUUCUUGAAGGCGGCAUCCUCGAUGCCCAAGAGGGCGUCCCCAAUGAAGCACGCGAGGCACAGAAUGCGAGAGCGCUGCAGGUGCUUGGGCGUGUCCGGGAGAAACUGACGGGUCAUGACUUCAAGCCCACCGAGGAGCUCAAUGUGAGCGACCAAGUUGACAAGCUUCUUGCACAGGCGACGAGCGUGGAGAAUAUUUGUCAACAUUGGAUUGGAUGGUGCAGUUUCUGGUGA